AUGGUUGAGGAUACUUUAACUUACUCUCUGGAUGCUCUUGCAGGAGUUGAAGAUGACAUCGAAAAGAUAGAAAAGGAAGUUGAGAUUAUAAGACUGAGGAAGCUUUUGCCCAUUUAUGAGCGUCGUUCUAAGGCAAUUUCUGGAGUGGACGGAUUUUGGAAAGUUGUGCUUGCUCAACAUUCGGAUUUUGCCAAUUAUGUUUGUGCUGCGGACCUUAAGUAUAUCGAUUGUAUAAAAUCGAUCGAUAUCAAGUGGCCGUGUUUGGAAAACGAAGAAAUGGAUUCUCGAAAUGUAGCCAUCACUAUCGCUUUUGAGGGUAUUGAAGGAGAUUUUGAUGCCCAGGUUGUUACCAAGUUCUUUGAAAUUGAACACGAUACAACAAAAUUCAAGUAUAGAGGUAAACGGACAGAAGAGGACGAUUUGAGAGAUCAGGAAUUGGGGUUCCUUACAAGCAAACCUUGCCUUGUCAAGUGGCCGAAAGCCUUUGAUGAGAUAAACCCAUCUUUUGUUAGUGACAAAAGUACCGCUAAGGGCAAAAAAAACUAUCGGACUGGAAUGAAGUCGUUUUUUUCAUGGUUCAUGUGGACGGGUCUCAAAGUUGGUAAGGAAUUUCCUAAUGGUGACGGCCUUGCGAACUUGCUUUCUGAUGAUAUUUACCCCAAUGGUACCAAAUAUUACACUGAAGCCCAGGUCGAUUUGGAGGAUGAAAAUAUCGACGAUGAAGAUAUUAGCGAUGGUCCAAUUGAACUUGAAUCUGGAGAUAGCAGCCUAGAAGAAAAAUCGGAAGAGGCGGCGGAUAACUUGAAAAGACGUAAGCUCUAG